GCCAACUUGCACGCGAGCCUUUUUUCCUCGCACCUCUUUUGAAUCGUUGUCACUAUGCCUUUUUAGCAGUUGUUUUGUUUGAACCUUUGCAGGUAGGCAUAUUAUCCACACGCAUGCGUGGACGAGCGCUAGCCCGUUCUGCGUCAAUUUCACUUCCGCCGUGCCAGUUUCUCCCACUGGAAGGACGUAUGGAUAACGCCUCCCCUUUUAACCCCCUUUCAUGAAGUUCAUUUUUCGAAAAGACGAAACUGCGCUGCCCCUCCUGACCAAAUGAGCAAAAAAAUUGAAAACCCAAAGAUUUUAAAAUUAGCUGAGCGCCUUGUGGCACUAAAGCAGGAUGAAAUUGGUACGCCGUCCCAAAAAAAAAAAUAGAAAUACUAUGCAUUCAUAGAGUGUAAGGGGGAUAGAACAAAUUUAAGCGAUGCGGUGCUAGCCAUGCAUGGAGCACCCCGCAUGUUGGGGGGCAGACAAAAUGGCUAGCCAACACGCGGCUGUUUUUAACCCGUUUUUACGUGCACCAUCGCUCCAUUUCCCUGCACCUUUUUCUCCUUUGCCGCUUCCCCCCGAGUAGACCACUUCACACACCUAUUUAAAGAACGAAUAGCAGCCAAACCGAAAUUCUCGCAAAAGCCAGCGGAAGAAAUUGAACCUGUGCGUCCCCACACCAAGCGACUUCCCAACCCUGGGAGUUUCAACCAUCAGAGAAGGCACAUCAUUUUUAACUUUUAUUUUAAGUUAUUUCAAACGAUUAGGAACACCUUCCUUUUCGUAAGCAGAUGGGCCGCUCAGGGGUCAUCCCCGAAGCGCCUUUUUUCAAUCGACAAGCUUUGCUCCAAAUGGGGUGUGUCUGUCUGCAUAUAUCACGUUACAUCUGAGUAGACGUCCACUUAUGUGCGUCUUUUUUUUUUUACCCUCCCCCUUCAGCUGCGUAAAAAAUGAGGGCGAUGAGUGCCCGCCACCUGCUCAGCAAAGUAGGCAGUUCCCACAUUCUCAAGUCGCUCAUUAGCAGCCUGUCGGGGACCCUGGCGUCCGUCUUUUUCAAAAAGGCAUCAGAUGUGUCUAUUUUUAGUACCAAUUUGGAAGGAGUAACUAUAUCAUGGAGCGUCGAAAUUGGGGUGAGAGUAAUUUACCUAUUCCUGUUUUUCGUCUGCAACAUGGUGAUGCUUAAAUAUUACCUCUUGCUGAUGAACCACUACUCGGCCUUCCUUUCGACCAUCCUCAAUUUUGUUUUUAAUUUUUUUUUAAGUGCUAUAAUGGGUGUACUUUUUUUCAGUGAGAAGAGGGACUCCUACUGGCUGCUAGGAGGACUCCUCAUCAUCGUCGGGUUGGUACUAAUUAUGGCUGAUGCGGCAAAUGAGGAGAAGAAAAAAAAAUAA